AAUAACUGACAAAAUCUAUAUACAAUUACUCGCGGUUGGCAACGCUAACUUCACAUGUCAUUAUAAAUGUCAAAGAGUGAAUAAAAAAAAUUUCAUCCACUGUAUUUUAUUCGGCUGCUCUUGUAUAUUUUCAUAUUUUUAGAGCAAUAUGAUUCGUGCACCGCUUGUUAAGGCCUUGGGCACACUGGGCUCGCCCACUCAUAAAAUCGCCAGUAAAGCGGUGCGUACCAGUGCCGCUCUUGCCCAGACACCAGCCAAAGCUCCCGAAAAGAUUGAAGUGUUUGUCGAUGACAUUCCCGUUAAAGUAGCACCCGGCACUACAGUAUUACAGGCAGCCGCAAUGAUUGGUGUAGAGAUUCCACGUUUCUGCUAUCAUGAACGUUUGGCUGUUGCUGGUAAUUGUCGUAUGUGUUUGGUUGAGGUAGAAAAAAGUCCCAAACCUGUGGCCGCCUGUGCUAUGCCAGUCAUGAAGGGAUGGCGCAUCAAGACAAAUUCCGAAAUGACCCGCAAAGCUCGCGAAGGCGUUAUGGAAUUCUUACUUAUGAACCAUCCCUUGGAUUGUCCCAUUUGUGAUCAAGGUGGUGAAUGCGAUUUGCAAGAUCAAGCUAUGGCUUUCGGUUCAGAUCGUUCACGUUUCACAGAUAUCAACCAUACCGGCAAACGCGCUGUUGAAGAUAAAGAUAUUGGUCCUUUGGUCAAAACUAUCAUGACCCGUUGCAUUCACUGCACACGUUGUGUUCGUUUCGCUUCGGAAAUUGCCGGUGUUGAUGAUUUGGGUACUACCGGUCGUGGUAAUGAUAUGCAAAUUGGCACCUAUGUAGAGAAACUAUUUUUAACUGAACUGUCCGGCAACGUUAUUGAUUUGUGUCCAGUCGGUGCUUUGACUAACAAACCAUACAGCUUUGUUGCCCGUCCUUGGGAAAUCCGUAAAAUCAGCAGCAUUGAUGUUUUAGAUGCCGUCGGCAGUAAUAUUGUCGUUAGCACUCGCACUAAUGAAGUAUUGCGUAUUUUACCACGUGAAAAUGAAGAAGUCAAUGAGGAAUGGUUAGCUGAUAAGUCACGUUUCGCUUGUGAUGGUUUGAAACGUCAACGUUUGGUAGCUCCAAUGGUACGCAUGCCAAACGGUGAAUUGCAAGCUGUUGAAUGGGAGGGUGCUCUUAUUUCUGUGGCUAAAGCUUUGAAGAAUGCUAAGGGUUCCGUAGCUGCUGUGUCCGGACAAUUGGCUGAUGUUGAAUCAAUGGUGGCUCUUAAGGAUUUACUCAACCGCAAUGGCGCUGAAGUUUUGUGCACUGAACAAGGUUUUGCCACCAAUGGUGCCAGUACUGAUUUACGUUCCAACUAUGUCUGCAACAGUUCAAUUGCUGCAUUGGAAGAAGCUGAUGCUGUUUUGUUGAUUGGCACAAAUCCCCGUUAUGAAGCUCCUUUGCUUAAUACACGUCUACGUAAGGCUUAUGUACACAAUGAAUUGGAAAUAGCUUCCAUUGGCCCCAAAGUAGAUCUUUCUUAUAAACACGACAACUUGGGUGAAGAUGCUGGUCUAAUUACCCGUGUCUGCACAGGCUCUCAUGCUUUCUCCAAGGUUUUGGAGGGUGCCAAAAAACCCGCCAUCAUUGUUGGUGCUGAUGUUUUGGAACGUGCUGAUGGUUCAGGCAUCUUGGCUACCGUUUCUGCUUACUGCAAGAAAUUGAACAAACCUAACUGGAACGCUUUGAAUGUUUUGCAAACAAAUGCCGCCCAAACUGGCGCCUAUGAUGUGGGUUACCAACCCGGUCUCCAAGCCGCCAUUAAAGCCAAACCUAAAGUUUUGUUCUUAUUGGGUGCUGAUGCUGGCAAAGUUAGCCGCGAUCAAUUGCCUCAAGAUUGUUUCAUUGUUUACAUUGGCCAUCAUGGUGACAAUGGUGCAUCAAUUGCUGAUGCUGUUUUACCUGGUGCCGCAUACACCGAAAAGCAAGCAACUUAUGUUAAUACCGAAGGUCGUGCCCAACAAACCUUGACUGCUGUAUCACCACCCGGUAUGGCUCGUGAAGACUGGAAGAUUUUGCGUGCGCUUUCUGAAGUAGCUGGUAAGUAA